CGGAAGGUGGGAAGGAGAGAGCGUACCGCUCCCGAAGCAGAUGACGUCGGAGUUGGCAGCAUUUACCCUCGGCAGUAUCGUCGCGAUAGCACACGGCAGAAUUCUCUAUCGGUGUUUGGAGUGAGAUCCAUUCGAGGAGACUCGCGGAAACUCCGGGAGUUGGCACGUGAGAUCGGUACAUCGAUUUUUCUCGGUAACCAGCAUCUUUCUCCAACGACGCUCCGUCGAUUGCCGUGCGCGCGCGCGCGCGUGUGUGUGAGCGCGCGCGUGUGUGUGCGUGUGUGUGUACUUCGUCUUGGUCGCCCUCUCAGCGUGCGGGAACCUCUACGUGCUCGUGCUUGAAUUUAAUAACGGGAAACGGGAGCCGAAAGAAAAGUGAAGAAGAAAAUGAGAGAGUGAAUAGGCAAGCGUUACGAAUCGUGAACUACUUGUGAAUUGAUCUACAGAGAAGAAUAAUCGGAAAUUAGUUUUCCGGUUUUUGUUUCCACGGUGUUACUGGUCUUUGUACGCUUUGUUUCCCGCCCUUGUUUCUCUUAUGUUUCGAGUAGCUGUCAGCAGCAAGUAGGAGAAUCAACAGGACCAGCAACUGGCAGCCUAUUCCUCCGUCAAAACCUGUUUACACGAAUGAUCCCGCUGGAAUAUGGCAAGUAAUAUCAUAGAAGAGUAGCUAUGAAUAUUUAUGUGAAAGGUCUCGUUUGAGUAUUCGUAGCAUGCACAAUGCUGGUAUUUCGAUUAAAAACGGUUAAUUUUUCUUUCGUCCAUUAGAGGCGUGAGAAGGUAUAGCAAGCAACUGUACGUGAUUUUCCAGGGAACUUUAAUUAAUUUCCAAGCGUAUCAAUGACUAAUUCGAUGUCUUGAAAACGACCGACAUGAAGUAUUUGAAAUUCGUCCUAUUUGCGUUCAACAUAUUGAUAUGGUUGGCUGGGUGUACGGUACUGAUGAUAGGGGCAUGCUUGCUAUUGGAACCAAGCAAAGGGCACCUGUUAAAUCUUUUCGUGCCCGACGUCACGCCGCACGAAACUAUUAACCUGAUAGCUUGUAGCUUGGUCGGUCUCGGUUUUACGGUGCUGACGGUCGGUUUCUUCGGAUGUCGUGCUGCUCUCUAUGGAAAUCAAUGCAUACUGGCCACCUACAUGAGCAUGCUCGUGGCACUGAUCAUUACCGAACUCAUCACCGCUGCCGUUGGUGGACUAAUGACAUUUCGAAUACUUUCUGGAUUGGAGGAGCGGCUGAUUAACAAAUUGGCCGAGGAUUACGGUCACGAAACGACUAGCGACAUACCCUUCAGCCACAGUCUCGACUUUGCGCAAUAUAAGUUUAAUUGCUGCGGAAUACACGGAUACGGGGACUACAAUGGCACGGCAUGGUGGAGAGACGCGCAAAUUUCGGGCAACAGGAGGCAGGUGCCGCUUACGUGUUGCGUUUUAAAAAAUACAGAGGUAAAAAAUACGGGAAGUCCAAUGAGCGUCGUGUCCAGAGUGUUCAGCAAACAUAACGAGAAACCGUGGCUAAGCCCGAAACCAGUGGACGAAAUAGCAUGUCAAGUGGAAGACGAAGAGGGUCACGAUGGAUAUCGACAUAAAGAGGGCUGCCUCUCGAAAGUUACAAGUUGGUUGCAGUGCGAGAGCUUCACAUUAGUAUUCCUGGGUAUGGCAAUGGCUGGUAUACAAACAUUCGGUAUAAUAACUUCGGCUUUCCUUUGUCGAACGAUAAGGGAUAUGCAAGUGGAUUGAGAAGGCGAUGCCAAAGGGACAAAGCUAAAGGAGAACCAAUUUCCAGUUCCCAGUUUAGUUGGGUUUACGAGGAAAUCGGACGCGUUAUUUUGAUAUUUCAUUCGUUCAGUUUCGACGAUUUUGUUAUGAAAAUCGAUUUAAUCGAGGGAACAACGAUACACGUGAUAAUACCUGGACGUUUCGAGCAGAUUUCAUAAGAGAUUUGGCGAGACAUCCUCCGAAAUCACUGGCGAAAAGAUUUUUAAGAUUUUAUUUUUAAAAACAAUCGAUGGUUGCGACAUUUACCGUAGAAUAAUAGAAAGCUGCGCUUGCUCGAAACCUUCAAAACCAUUCCCGUCCCUUGUAUGCGUGUUUCAUUAUAAAAUAUCGUAGCGACCUCGAACGAGAGAGAAAUAUCUACGAUACUGUAUAUAAAACGUUAUUCACUCCGAAUACGAGAUACUCCGGUUUUACCAACUUUUGCGACAGGACUUUAUAUCGCGUUCUAUAAUGACGCUCGCUUUUGCAAAUCACGAGAAAAGCGAUAUUCUUACUGCGGCAUUCCUACGCACUGUGAGGUGGUAAAUUUUUGAUCACGGGUAAAUCUGUAAAUACAUAUGUACUUACGUGCUAAGAGCGGAGCGAGAAAACGCGGCGAGAGAAUCGUCUAUCACCCUUUUUUGCUUGCGAAAUUCACUUGACAAGAUCUCGUUUUUCACACCACGUGGACGCCUGACUUAUACAUUGGCAAGCGCAUAUGUUUCAAAACAUCUUGUGAUUUUUUACUGGGGAAAUACACCAUCGAAGUGAGAAUGUACCCGAUAUCAAUAUAUAUACAUAUAUAUAUUGUGUGUGCGUGUGAUAGAAAUUCAUAAAUUCAUCUACGUAAAUACCAGCGCAAGCCGCUUGAGAGAACUGGAUGUAUAUCCAGAUAAAAAAAAAAAAAAGCGAGAGAUCUAAUGUAUUCUCCGGUAUAGUGUCCGCAAUGAACGUUCACGCAAGAAGAAACAGAAGACAGAUGCAUGCAUCUUACAAUAAUUCGUGCCAAAUAGAUAAUAUAUGUACUCUUACAUACCUGAUGCGACUUACGACGAGCUAGUUUAACUUUGUUAUACCUUUAUUUUCUGAUAAAAUUUGUUGGAAAGUAUUUGGCGCGUUCGUAAAAUAUAGCAGGAAAACAAUAAAAUUAUUGCUCUCUGUACAUAAAAUA